AUGUCAACAUCUGCUUUGGGGCAGUCGGCACAGUCCUGGAGGAGUGCAAGGCUUACGAGGGCAGGGUCGUCAGGAACUUUGCCAGCAGCUGGCAUGGCCGUGCAGACGCCGAAGGGCGUGGUGAGGUUGGAGGACCUCUGCCGCCCGCGGCGGAGUCGUGCGAACGUCAAGACUAACGGCCGUGCCUUCCACAAGCCCUUCGAGGUUGCAUACCGGGAGAUAGCGGAGCUGCGCAACUUCCGGCGCUUGGAGCACCUUUUCAUAGCGGCCGACGUGGACCGCUCUGGGGAGAUGAGCUUAGACGAGUUUCGACAAGCUCUGCGAAAACCUUGGUUUCAAAGGUCGUUUUCACUAUUAGGCGUCCAGCCACAUCAAGCAGAGGUCGUGUUCAAGAAAAUGAACACAGCCAACGCAGAGGAGAUUAGCAUCUCGGACUUCAUGCAGGGCCUCGAAAGCCUAUUGGGAACAGACCUGGACGGACCUCCUCGUGAUCUUGAUGUGUCCCUGCUGAGCUCACGAUUCAAGGCGAAGACAAAGCUGACAUCCUCCAGAAGUGAGCCGGCGCUGGUGGACGUCCCAACAGACUUCAGAAGCUUGCCAGAGCGAGAUCACGCGGGCGCGCGCUGUAACAUGGGCUUGGUCACAGUUGCUCACCGCGGUUUGUACGCCCAAGCCCCAGAAACCAAUGCGAAACGAAAGGAGGGGACGCCCUCGCCUUUUUACGACGACAAGGACGAGUACCUGCAAGAGGGACCAAGAAAGACCAGUGCGGAAGCGAUGACCUUCGAUGCGCACGAGAUCUCCACCUUGAACAAGAUGCCGGGAGCCUGUGACGAUCCGCUCGAGAAAAACACCCCUGACUGGGACCAUCUGAGACCAGCAAAAUACCGGGAGCGGGGAUCGGAGAGACCAGCUGAGCCCACUGGCACACCACCGCGACAAACUCGUGCCCGGGAGCGAGAACCAAGCCAGGUGUCAGAAAGCGCUGGGAUCGAGAGGAACCGCCGAACUCGCGCAGAAUGGCGAGAGCACCGACGAGUCGGGCAGCGAAUGGGAACGGAGCAUGGUUACGUGUACUACACCGGUGAAGACAGGGCGGAGGACUUUAUGAACACCGAGAUUUGUUCUAGCUGA